AUGCUCAUUGCACAUGGGGUUCCAAACCAUAUUGGUGUCUUCAACCUCAUCCCUCCUGAGUGUUUCUGUCUUCGGAAGGAAUGUGCUCAUGCUGGCAAGCCACGACCCCUUGGCCGUCGUAAGUCCACCAAUGUGGUGUACUGCUCACGCGAGCAUGGCCCAGUCCCUGCCGUCUCCUAUUCUGCAAGAUGUCCUCGCUGCCAUGAUCGUUACUAUCAUAAUUACUAUGUCGACCAGGCGAAGAAGAUGCGUGUCUACUAUGGUGGCACCCCAUCCGUCGUUCACGUCAACACACAUCUCUUCCUUGAGACGUCAGUUUGUGAUCGCUUUCGGAGUGCUACGGCUGCUGCUUGGGUAUCAUUUACGAAUAAUGCUCGAAUCUAUAACCAUGAACAUCGUACCGCGAUUGAGCGCUUCCCAUCGGGUUGGUCGGCUGAGGGUCCCAAGCUUACAGCUAUAUCUGUCGGUGACGCAUUUUUUCUCCAUGCACUCCUACAUGAGCAACAGGAACGUGCUCUCCCUCUGGUCCUCCCCAACAUUGGUGACCAGUCUGCCCGCCUUGACCCUGCCCUGGUCGCACGUACCGCUUCCUUUGUGGGUCCAGGUCGCCCAAUGUGGAACCACAUCUGUGACCGGUGUUGUGCUAUCAAGAAAGAGAAUGAUAAAGCUGUGGUGAUGGACGGCAUAUCAAUUGGACGUCCAUGCUGCAAUGUGCAUGACUGUCAGGAGCCAUUACCUUCGCAGCGUGCCAGGUUUUGUUCCAAGCAUGCCUAUCAGAAUCACAUAUGUGUCGUCAUUGAUUGUACUGCUCAGGCUUCACAUGGUUUCCAAACAUGCCCAGAUCCGGCACACCGCGAGUUAGAAGACCCAAGUCGCCGAUCAGCACUGUUUGUGCUCCGCCGACGUUUGGAGCGCCUUCAUAUGUCAAGUGUGGAAGACGAUGGUGUUGGGACAUCAGCAGAGCUGACGGAGGUGGAUGUUGACGGAGAAUGCCCAUCCAAGUCGGAUGAAGGGAACAUCAAGCCCCGUGCACGUUUUGGUCGUCGACGCACACAUAAUGAGCAGCUCAUAGUGGCUACGUGCGGUAUCAUCCUUGCUCGUGCAACCAUGUUUGGUUCAGAAGGUGUUGACGGUGCUCGGAAGCAUAUCAUGAACAUUCCUGAUCCCUACUUCGACCAUGUUGCGAUGCCGGUUGAUCCGUUCCAUGCAAAGACCAAGCACAAGGACUCCGAUGCUUUCUGUGGCCAAUACUGCAAUGCGGCAUUGUUUCCCGACUUGCUAGUCGGCAACCAAUGGCGGUUCAAUUCUUCAGCGGCGGAGAUGACGAAUGCAUGGUUUGGUGGAUUCCAGGCUAUGGUCCGGGAGAUGCGUGCUACGCGCUAUGACUUUCUCUUGGAUGAGCGCAUAGGUGGUCAGCGUGAGCUCCAGCAGGGUGCCUUCAUUCUUGAGGUAGUACCACGAGAAGCCCGUGACUGUCGCGCCGUCCUCGAGGUCCAGGAUGUCGAGAGCGCGACUAUUGAGAUGGGGUCGCGUGCGGGCGAGGCGGGGUGA